GGCCAAUACUCCGUGCCCUUCCUCCAGCUGUGUCUCGAUCCUCCUGUUUUGUUGCCAGUAGUAAAUAACCUCCUCUUCUAAGAUGCCUCUGAAGCGGAAGCCCCCUCAAAAAUGCCAUUCUACUGCGGCCGUGACGGCUGGAGUCUUGCUCUCGUUCUUGGCCUUGUCGACUCCGAUAGCUGCAUCUGCGUCACAUCAGCAACCAUCACUACUCCCCGUGCUGAACCCCUUUCCCUUCACGCCAGAAAGCCCGGAGCCUACGAGUAACGAGCAUGUAUUUACGCUACGCCACAUCUUCCACCACGGGGUUCGGGACCUUACCCUUCAUAAGAGACUCGACGUCUCGACAUCCGGCUCGGCAGUAUGGAUGGAGUCGGAGGAUGGGCACCUGGAGGAAGAAACCAGGCCACUGGUAGUCAAGUCGAGCCCCAUGAAAAUACACCGAUUAAAGGACAGACGGCCGUCAGUCGUGGAUCCUAUGGUCGCGGCAGCACGAGAGGAAGGUUCGGUUUGGGCCUUGUCUCCCUCGGCAUGGACUAUGGAUGAUGUGCCUGGGCCAAAUAUUACGGAUAAGGAGACGGUAUUGACUUUUGCUCAAAUGGCGGCAAACGCAUAUGUCGAGAAACCAGAUACCGGGGAUUGGAAGGACGUAAAUGGAGGAUUCAACAGGACCGACGAUGUAGGAUUUGGAUGGGAUAGCGAUGGUCUCCGGGGGUAUCUCUAUAUUGACGAGAAGAAUUCAACUGUCGUUAUAGGGCUGAAGGGCACGACGCUCGCUAUUUGGGAUGGCGAGGGUACCACAACCAACGAUAAAGAAAACGACAACCUCUUCUUCAGCUGCUGCUGUGGACAGCAGGCUGGUACCCUCGCUCGGCAGGUCUGUGACUGUGCUGAAGGCACGUACACCUGCAACCUUCCCUGCCUCAAGAAGAGCUUGACAAAGGAAAAUCGAUACUACGCAGCUGCCAGGUACCUCUAUGGCAACGUCACGGCUCUUUAUCCGAAUGCCAAUGUAUGGCUAUCAGGCCAUUCACUUGGGGGGUCGCUCAGUGCCAUGUUGGGCUUGACUUACGGCACACCCGUUCUUACUUUCCAAGCGGUUCCGGACGCCUUGCCUGCAAGUCGACUUGGGCUUCCUAUACCACCAGGGGUAGAUCCCGACAGACCUGGCCAGAGGGAUUAUACGGGCGCAUUUCAUUUUGGCAAUAAUGCAGAUCCAAUAUUUAUGGGAACUUGCAAUGGCGCUACAGCGUCAUGUUCCUACGCUGGCUAUGCGCUGGAGACUUCAUGCCAUACUGGUAGAGAAUGCGUUUGGGAUGUCGUGGGGACCAAUGGAACCAGAGUUUUCGUCCUAAGCCACAAGAUCAUAUGGGUAAUUGAUAACGUCAUCAAGAAGUGGUCAACGGUGCCGGAGUGUAAAUUUACAUCCGAUUGCUAUGACUGUCCGUUAUGGAAGGAGGUCACGGGCAACAAGAGUGAGAGUACCACAGCGACUACGUCUACAACAAGAACAAACACACGAACAUCUACAUGCCAAACUCCAGGAUGGUGGGGAUGUCUAGAUGAAACUACGACGACCACUGGGACUGCGACUAGUACCAGUACCACUACUACGACAUCGACCUCCACAUGCAAAACACCCGGAUGGUUUGGAUGCAACGAUGAGACGACAACCACCACGAGUAGCACCUCACAUGCAACCGCAACCAGAACUCCAAGCUCGCCAACAAGCACUGCUACUACGACCUGCAAAACUCCAGGAUGGUUUGGUUGCAAUGACCCUACAUCGACCACCCCGGCAUCAUUUUCUUCGACGACAGCUAGCUGCGAAACACCAGGAUACUUUUGGGGAUGCAACGAUCUGACUACGACCCAGACACUCUCGCAUUCUAUAACAUCCCCACCGGCCAUGCCUAGCUCUACUGCUAUGCCGGGCAGAAUAACCCCAAAUAUACCCGACCAUGGGUCAAAGUGUUUGCAAAGGAGUUGGUUUGGCUGGUGCAAUGAAUGGGCGGGCGUGCCGAAAGAAGAAAUCUAGAUUGUAUUUUUGACUCAGAUAUGGGCGAUGGGAUAGGAGCUCGGUAACAUUUUGGGCGUUUGGUUCUUGUCAGGAAGUCAUAGGCAUCGGACUAGCCAGUUGAGGGACAUUAGGAGCAUAUGGGACACUCCAUGAACAAUGGAAUGAUAUACAAUUUUUACAUUUUUGGCAUUCAUCCUGGUACAUAUGAAAUGGCUCAAAAGCUUCGACUAAUCUUCCUUGAUCCCGUUGCUCAUUUAUCGGUCCAUUCUGCCUUUUUCUUCUCCG